GCACCGUGAAACCGUCUUGAAAACUAUACGGAAUAAUUAUAUGAUCAUUAGAGAAUCAACGGAGGGAUUCUACACCUGGACCGGCGCGUUGAGUGACUCGCCAAGUUAUGCGUAAAAACGCGCACCGCUUGUCGUGACGCAGCGUCACCGUUGUGGAUGUAGAGUAUUUCUCCGUGGCAACCGACUGAAAGACCGCUAUUUGCCAAUGAGGAUUACAAAUAUGAUUGGGAUUUUGUGGGUGUAUGUAGUGUUCCUAAUCCAUUUAUCCGAUGCUGUGAUGGACUUGACCAUGAUCUCCACAGCAGAGGCAACCAGCGUCAAUUCCUUCUCCAUCUCUUGCAUCAACGGUGACCGCAAGCCUGCCCAGAUUGACCUGGACAUCAAGAAAGACAACAAAAUCCUCAUAAUUCCCAAGAAACCCAAUUUCAAGUUGCACAGGCCCAGGAGUAAGGAAGUAGUGGCCACAGACUUCCGUGAGCUGGACAACAUUGGCAUCUUCUACUGUGAAACCGUUCAGGAGGUUGCCCCGCUUGACAAGGUCACGAUGAUCAACAACUUUGGCAGAGCAAAUUUUGUCCCAGCCCACCUGACACUGACUGCCAACAAGGGAGAGACAGUUCACCUCAGUAUGCAGCUCCUCAGCACCCAAAAGAGAGAUGUAACUUGGAAAUACAACGGGAACUACUAUUACAUGACUCACUGGAAUGAUGUGACCAACAGCACUGCUGUGCUGAGUGUGGAAAAUGCAGCUUAUGCCAACCAAGGCAUCUACAGCGCCAGCUAUGUGGGGGACAGCCCCCUUCAGGGAGCCUGGAUGAGGCUGAUUGUACGAGACUGUCCCAGUAUGAAGUGGGGUCCUUACUGUGACAUGGACUGUCCAGAGUGUCUCAACGGGGGAAUGUGUCAUGAUACAGAUGGAGACUGUAUCUGCCCUCCAGGGUUUAUGGGGACACGGUGUGAGACAGCCUGCAGAGAAGGAAUGUUUGGCCGAAACUGCCAGGAGUCUUGUGGCUUAGGGCUGGACUGUAAGGGGCUUCGCUUCUGUCUACCAGACCCUUAUGGCUGUUCGUGUGCCAGCGGCUGGUUUGGGAGACACUGUGAGAUGCCUUGCCAUAAUGACAUGUAUGGGCCAGACUGCCGGCUGAGCUGUAAGUGCCAGAAUGGAGGAGUUUGCAACCGCUUCAGUGGAUGCCAGUGUCCCACAGGAUGGAGGGGACAGCACUGUGAAAAGUCAGACCGGGCUCCGCAGAUCCUGGAGAUGGGAAGCAGUUUGGAGUGGAAUCUGAACUCCAGUCCCAAGAUCUUGUGUUCAGCCACUGGCAACCCCCUGCCCAGCCACACCAGCAUCGAGCUGCGCAAGCUGGACAGCACUGUGCUCAAGGCCUCUCGCACAACCAUGGACUCAAAUAAGAGUACAGCUCAGUUUGAGAUACCUUGCCUGAGCGCCGAACACGCAGGGCUCUGGGAGUGCAGGGUCUCUACCAACGGAGGCCAGGACUCCCGCAAGUUCAACCUCACUGUCAAAGAGCCCCCAGUGCCCACCACUCGUCCCAAGCUGCUGGAGAAGAGGAGCAAGCAGCUUGUGGUGUUGGCGAUGGACUCCUACCGAGGUGACGGCCCCAUCAUCUCCACGAAGCUCCUUUACAAGCCCAUGGCAAAUGGAGACUCAUGGUCCUCCAUCAUAGUCUACAGUGACAGAGAGCCCAUCACCCUGAUGAACCUGAAGCCAUCGACACGCUACCAUGUUCGGGUACAACUGACCCGUCCUGGGGAAGGAGGAGAGGGGGCCCCAGGGCCAGAGGCCAUGUUAGAGACUGACUGUCCUGAGCCCACAGUUCGGCCUGAGAUUGACAUCAGCUCGUGGGAAGGCCGCAAUGCUACUGUUCGCUGGCGAUUGCCUGGCAGCAACGGUGUGGGCACUAGUGCAGGUGCAGCCAGCGGCUUUUUAGUGCAGCUCUUCGGGGAGAGAAGUGAGAAACUUUGUGAGGAGACCACCCUGCUCAAUGUGCUUUCCACCAAGUUCCACAACCUGGACUACCAGCGAGACUACACCGUAGUGGUGCGCCUCAUCAACUGUGGCAGCCAGGGGCCGCCCUCCAAGCCCUACACCUUGCGCAUCAACAGCCAGGGCCCAUCAUCACCACGCAACGUCCAGGCCCUGCCGCUGUCCGUGUCAGCUGUUCAGGUGAGGUGGCAGCCCCCUGAGGAUCCCAAUGGAGGCAUUGUUAAAUAUGUCAUAGAGUACCAGCCAGUCGGCCAGGGAAGCCCUCACCCUUGGGUGGAUACAGACGAUGGGAAUAAGACCACCAAGGACGUGACAGCACUCAAUGGCAGUACACUCUACCAGUUCCGUGUGAGGGCAUUCUCCAAAGUCCCAGGAGAGUGGAGCAAGAUUGUUCAUGCGAUGACUCAAGGGGAUGUCGUCCAGAGUUUCACCCCGACCACCCAGGGUGUGGUGGCGAGGCCUGCUGGGGAGGGUUACCAGCUGUUGGUCGCAGUGGUGGGCUCAGUGACCGUCACUUGUGUGACCAUCCUGCUGGCACUGCUGGCCCUCUUCUUCAUUCGCAAGACCCUGCUCAAUCGUCGACGCACAUUCACCUACCAGUCAGGAUCGGGUGAGGAGACUAUUCUGCAGUUUAAUUCAGGGACUCUGACCCUGACACGGAGGCCCAAGCCCACCCCAGAGCCCCUCACCUACCCAAUCCUGGAGUGGGAGGACAUUAAGUUUGAAGAUGUCAUUGGAGAAGGCAACUUUGGCCAGGUCAUCAAAGCCAUGAUCAAGAAGGACGGCAACAAGAUGAGUGCUGCCAUCAAGAUGCUGAAAGAGUUUGCCUCAGAGAAUGACCACCGAGACUUUGCAGGGGAGCUGGAGGUGCUGUGUAAACUAGGCCAGCAUCCCAACAUCAUCAACCUCAUAGGAGCUUGUGAGAACAGAGGCUACCUGUACAUAGCCAUAGAAUACGCCCCUUAUGGGAAUCUUCUAGACUUCCUGAGGAAGAGUCGAGUGUUGGAGACUGACCCGGCCUUUGCCAAGGAGCAUGGCACCGCCUCCACCCUCACCUCCCAGCAGCUCCUGCAGUUUGCUGUGGAUGUGGCUACUGGCAUGCACUACCUCAGCGACAAACAGUUCAUCCACAGGGAUUUGGCAGCCAGGAAUGUUCUUGUAGGAGACAAUCUUGUGGCAAAGAUAGCAGACUUCGGCCUGUCCCGUGGCGAGGAGGUUUAUGUUAAGAAGACCAUGGGGAGGCUGCCUGUACGCUGGAUGGCCAUCGAGUCCCUGAACUACAGCGUGUAUACGACCAAGAGCGAUGUUUGGUCUUUCGGCGUUCUUCUUUGGGAGAUUGUAAGCUUAGGUGGUACUCCAUAUUGUGGGAUGACCUGUGCUGAGCUUUAUGAAAAACUGCCCCAAGGCUACAGGAUGGAGCAACCCAGAAACUGUGAUGAUGAAGUCUACGAGCUGAUGAGGCAGUGCUGGAGGGAUCGGCCCUAUGAGAGACCUCCAUUCUCUCAAAUCUCUGUCCAGCUCAACAGGAUGCAGGAGGCCAGGAAGGCCUACGUGAACAUGGCGCUGUUUGAGAACUUCACCUACGCUGGAAUUGACGCCACAGCAGAGGAGGCCUGACUACCAGCCCCCCCAGACCCUAGCACGCCACGUAGCCACAAGAGGAAGUCCCCAGGCUGGGCACCGCGUUACUGCCACCCACCUGCAGCUCCACGACGGGACAGGAGGACGCGGCGCUCUCCCAAAACCACCUGGCUAUAGAGAGAGGACUGUGAAAGGACACUGUGUGGAGGUAUGAGAGGUGGAGGAAAGACGCGAGGAUGGCUGGGUGGCCUCGGAUGGAGAGCUGGAUUUGUGGAUAGCCUUUGGGGAUCAUUGCCUCCUUCACCAUCGGUCAAUCCCAGAAACAAAGGAUACAACAUUGUGCUUCUUGCUGUGACAGAAACUACAAUGCUGUACCCUUUUCUCUGAGAGACAAGGGGAAGUGGCGAACAGCACGGUGCUAGAAGACUUCCUGCACCAUAUCACAGGGUCUGUGGGGCGUCAAUGCUGGACUUUACCUUCUCUCCAACGCCUUAAAUGGAGAAAGGAUUACUUUUUAUGAGGAGCCAAAAGGACACACUAUUGAUCACAUUAUGAAACAGCCAAGUUCUCAGAUUGUUCAGAUCAAAAAGGACAGAUGAAACAUGCAAUGUAGCACUUAAAAUCAGCUGUAUCCAAGUCAUUUGUGUCUUUCUGUAUUGUCUAUCACUGCCAUUUGAAUGUUACUACUGUAUGUAUUUUGCCCCUCUUUUUUUUUUUUUAAAGAGCAC